AUGGCCGCACAGAAGACCAACGAGCAGGUCGUCACCGAGACCUUUUCGGAACGAUCUGCCUUCGCUGAUGGUAUGACCGCAGGUGCCGCUAGUGCCGGUGCCGGUCUGUUUGUCAGCGCGAUCCAGAACAGUGUACAGACGCACAACAAGGGUGCGCUCGGUGUCUUUACACGCACAGGAAGCACCAUUGCUCUUUUCACUGCAAUGGGAGGCAUCUUUUCGUACACCGACUCUACCGUGGCCAACUUCCGACAGAAGGAUGACGCUAUCAACGGAGCAAUCGGCGGUUGCGCUGCUGGAUUCGUGCUCGGUGCUGCCGCUCGUUCGGUACCCAUGAUGUUUGGUGGAUGUGCUUCGCUCGCUGCAUUGAUCGGCACGUUUGACGCAGCAGGCAAGUCGCUCCAGGGCACCUACGCGCGUCCCUCGCCAAAAGACUUUGCGCAUGGCGACCACGACGCAUCUCACGGCCCAGGCGAGCUCGGAUGGAGGGAAGCACGAGAGGCUCGUCGCCAGAGCUUCUUCAAGCAAAAGAAGGAGGAUGUCGAGUCCGAUGCAUAG